AUGUCACGGCUGGCGCUCGGUGACGAUAACGCACGUGACGACCUGCAGCGCCGGAUGCGCGUUUUCUGCGGCUGCGGCCAGAUCCCAGCGGCUGGCGCACGUCUGGAGCAUCAUGCGCGUUGCUGCAUUAUAUCAUAUGUGGCGGCUUCUACUGGUGCGCGCCCUCCCCUUGCCAUUUCGGACGACCUGGCACUCCUGCAGCACCUCGCGCAUGACGCCACUGCCCACGACUGCAACGACGGCCGCACCUGUGGCGAGCUGCAGCACCUGUGGCGCACGGCAGCACCCGUGACGCACGGCAGCACCUGUGACGCACGACUUUCUCCUUCCUGCCGAGGCCAGCUUCUCGUGCCGACCAGCAGCUUCAACUUCAACGGCGUGCAGCAGGGGUCGCACAUCAGCAGCACUACCCGGCGCUCGGCAGCAGCAUCAGCGGAUUGCAGUAGCGACACACUCGCGGAAGUAGCGGCGGGUGAGCUGGAGACGACUAGCAGCAACGGGCUGCUGACCCAUUCUUCUGCCGAGCGGGCGCACGGGAGCAGCUGCGGGCGACUGGCCAUGGCGGCUGCAACAUUUCCUGCCCACCGGAAGCAUCACUUGGCCGCUUGCAGCAACAUCGGGCCUGCUGCAGCAGAUGGCGGCAGAAGCACUCUGCACCAGCACUCUGCCUGCAGCUCCCCUUGA